AAAAUAUCAUGUUUACGUUAAAAUACAUUCUUUUGUCUACUUUCCAACACGAGCAUUUCAAAAUAUUUUAAUGUGUGCACAUCCACCAUUAAAAUGAAGUUCAAAUAUAUUUGUGGAGAAAUUAUAGUUUUUGUUCUUACAUGUGUAUUUUUGAAACGUUCGAACGAACAAAGCAUAAAUUCUACUGUGCGGCUAGUUACCUAUAACACAGGUCUCACCCCGAGGGUCGGGCAGUAUAAUGUUAGGAGGGACACAGUAGGGACUGCUAUAAAGAAUCUAAAGGCCGAUGUAGUUUGUCUACAAGAGGUAUGGUUUUCAAAGGACAUAGAGCGCAUUUUGAAAACUGUCGGAACAGCGUACCAGUUUUCGUACAGCGAACUGCACCGUAAGGUAAGCCAGCUGGAACCUGUGCCAUGGACCUCCGCCCCAUGCAUGUCAACGGAAUUCCUGACGUCAUUUCUACCUUGUAUUGAAACAAAGUGCAGACAUACUAAAGGAUCAGUUGAUUAUUUGACAUGCGCAAGGGAGAAGUGCGAAAUGCUUCAAAAACUGGAACAAGAAUGUAUCACGUGCUUAAUUUUAUCCGGUGUCACCGAAGUAGCUCACAGCUGUGUGGACAAUAUUAGAAAUCGCUUCAACAUACCUGGUGUUCUACUGUUGAGCUCUCGGCCUUUAAAGCAUGUGCGCAUUACAAGAUUUGUGCAAAAUAAGAAGUUAUUCAUUCCGCGCGCAUACAUAAGCGCAGAGGUUGAAGGAGUCGGUACAGUAGCCUGCACACACACCAGCGCUGACCUCAGUUAUUCUUAUUUUGAAGAUCUGAAGUAUGCCAGCUGGGAAGAGCAGAAUCUAGAUGAAGCACGAGUUCUCUUGCAGUCACAGAAGCAUGUGCACCGCGCUGUGAUAAUGGGUGACCUCAACGGUGGUCCAACCGUGCCGGAAUUCAGGGUUUCUUCUGAUUUUGAUGCGGCAUAUAACUAUAUCACAUCUCGAGGCUACAUGUCAUCUUAUGUGGUCCUCCCGGGUGUAUGUACAUGGUGCAGAUACAACCCUCUAUCCAAAGCCUCCAAAAAUAUCGUACUGGAUCACAUUCUCACCAAGAAUUUGAACGUGAUUGGGACAAGGAGAGUGCUCGACGAUUUUCAUGAAGAAAAGGACUUUCCACUAUCGGACCAUUUUGGGAUAGAGUUAGUACUUCAAACAACAUAGAUUAACUCGUAACAUUUCCACAGUGGUAGAGAAUUUUCAAAAUGGAUUUCAAAAACAGAAAUUUCUGUUGGCAGAACUUAUGAUAGGGCUAAAUUAAGAUCACACUACUUUUAAAUGUUUUUCAAGACAGUUUAUAAAGAAACAAAAGCGAGUAAAUAAACUGUAAAGAAUGCAACAUUACAAUGUUGGGUCAAUUCAUUUAUCCUCUUCAUA